CACUUAUCAAGCGGCACGGCGCUCGCUCAUACGAUCACAAGUCAGAGGGACGCGAAUCGAAUAACCCGCCUCAAUCGCCUCAUUCAAUUGACCUUAAUUUAUUCAGUGUGAUCUUGCGAGUUCGACAAACCUGCCGCGCUACCAAGCUCUAAUAUCCUUAGUUUUAGUUCUUAUGGAAUAAAGUGACAAUGGGCGAGGUAAAAGUUACGGAAGAUGUGUGGAUCGGGGGCUCCCAUCCUUGCUUCAUCAUUGCAGAAGUGGGACAGAACCAUCAGGGUGAUAUUGAAGUUGCCAAGAAACUCAUAAAAGCUGCUAAGGAGGCCGGGGCAAGCUGCGUCAAGUUCCAGAAGACCUGCCUCAACGAGAAGUUCACUAAGAAGUACCUGGAGCGCCCCUACGACUCCUCCAACUCUUGGGGCAAGACCUACGGAGAGCACAAGAGGCAUCUGGAGUUCUCUGACACACAGUAUCGGGAGCUGUUCAAGUAUGCCCAGGAAGUGGGGAUCUUGGUCACGGCUUCUGCUAUGGAUAUGGUCUCCUUCGACGCUCUCCUCAACCUAAAAGUGCCGUUCAUCAAAAUAGGUUCAGGCGACUCAAACAACCUCCUUUUCUUGAAAUACGCAGCUUCAAAAAAGAUCCCACUAGUGGUAUCAACGGGGAUGGUGGACAAACAGGCUGUGAAGACGAUUUACGAUAUAAUCUCGGCUGUUCACAAGAACUUCUGUCUGCUGCAUUGCGUGUCGGCGUAUCCGGUGCCGUAUGAGGAUUGUAACCUGACGGUUUUGCAAGAUUAUAAGAAUACUUUUGACGUUCCCGUGGGGUACUCCGGGCAGGAGAUCGGGACAGCCGUGGCGCUGGGCGCAGUGGCGUUGGGGGCUAAGGUGAUAGAGAAGCACAUAACCCUGGACAAGGGUCUGAAGGGCACGGACCACGUGUGCUCGCUGACGCCGGCUGAGUUUGCUCAACUCGUGAGAGAUGUGAGGGUGAUUGAGGCCUCGCUCGGGACGCCCAUCAAGAGAGUCGUCACUUCUGAGAUACCGUGCAUCGACAAGCUGCAGAAGUCCCUCGUCAUGGGCAGCACCAAGAACAAGGGCGAGAUCCUGUACCCUGGAGACGUGAAGAUAAAAGUGGCUGAACCGAAGGGACUCAACGCGCUGCACUUUGAUGACGUCAUCUACAAGACUCUCGUCUAUGACAAGAAGGAAGACGAACCUUUGCAUGAAGGAGAUUUCUGUUGAGUUUUGAUUGUGGUGUGUAAGGUUUUGCAAUGUCUGGAUGAAUAGAGAAAGAGUAAGGCUUAUUAGAAUCAGUUCUGUUAUAAAUAAAACACCCUCAAAUACAUAAGUAAGCCUGAGCGCUCAUAUAAAUUAACAGUCUUCUGAUUUGGAUUGCUCUUUAAUUUCCGCCAUAAGUCAGAUAUUGUGAAACCGUCUGUAAUUCGUAGGUUUAUAUUAAAGAACUGUUUAUAUUAUCGUUCAUACUAUCCAUCUAUGUUGACAAAUCUGUAAACUAUAUAAUUGUAAAUCUUCAAUGCUAUUGUAAUUGUAAGUAUAUUAUUAUUUUUAAUACUACUAGGUCUAAGUUAAAAAAAUACUCUAAAAUUUUAUAUUAAAAAGUAUUGCAUCACAAAGUGA